CACGUGUGAGAGAGGCUGUAUCUUGAUUCAACCACCAGCACGAGCCGCAGCAACAAACUGCCACACUUGGAACACAGGCGAACCCCUUUACCGACCACACAUCCAGGGAUGCAUGUACACAUGCUGCACAAACAACGACGCCUCUCUACCUUGCAUUGAUGUUUUAUCAAUGAAUUAAUUACAGCAUAUAUACACAAACAGAUACACGCAAACAAGAGUACGAAGGCCCUUGGUAAAUUCAUGUGAGACACUAUUACGUACCUUGAUUAAAAGACAAACGAAGGGGGACGCAAUGGGCAAGCUCUACGCGAUUGCAGACCUGCACCUGAGCUAUGCCUCGAACCGGGAGGCGCUGUCGGCGCUGCACGAGGGCGUGCACCACGACGACGGGCUGAUCCUGGCGGGCGACAUGGGGGAGAAGCUGGAGCACCUGCACGCCGCGUUCCGGUGGGCGACGGCGCACUUUAUGACGGUGUGGUGGGUGCCGGGGAACCACGAGCUGUACACGAUCCCGAGCGAGUCGGGCAACAGCAGCAGCAGCAGUAGCAGCAGCAGUAGCCAGGCCCGGGGCGUGGACAAGUACGACCUGUGCGUGUCGGUGGCGCGGUCGUACGGGGUCAAGACGCCCGAGGACGAGUUCGAGGUGUGGCCGGGAGGCGAGUUCGCCGACGGGCGCGACCGGGCCGUCGUGUGUCCCAUCUUCACGCUGUACGACUACAGCUUCCGGCCCGACGGCGUCGAGAGGGCGGACGCGCUGGCAUGGGCGCUCGAGGAGGACAUCCAGGCCACCGACGAGGUGCUGCUGCACCCGGACCCCUUUGCGACGCGCGACGAGUGGUGCGCCGCCCUCGUGGACCGGUUCGAGGCCAAGCUCCAGCGGGCGUGCGACCGGCACCCGGACCUGCCGCUGGUGGUUGUCAACCACUGGCCGCUGACGGAGAAGGUCGUCUACCUGCCCCGGAUACCGCGCUUCAGCCUCUGGUGCGGCACGCGCAAGACGGCAGACUGGCACACGCGGUUCCGCGCAAAGGUCGUCGUAAGCGGGCACCUGCACAUCCGCAGGACCGACUGGAUAGACGGCGUCAGGUUUGAAGAAUGCAGCCUGGGCUAUCCCAGGCAGUGGGAGCCCCUCGCCAAGGAGGUUGGGCGUGACAUCAAUGCGUUCCUGCGCGAGAUACUGCCUGGAAGGGGCAAUGAUCCGGGCGACGGGAAACCCAUCUGGCGGACAUAUGGAUGAUUCCGUCUCGUUACAGGACGUAGUCGGUGUCAAGACUUUGCACAAGUCUGAUGCGUGUCCCUGAAGAGGACUAUGCCCGCGUGUGCGACACUCGCAGGCAAAGACGAGGGCACAGUUCAUGCAGCUUGGGAGAAAAGAACACGCGGAUGGAUGAAUUCUACCACAUCGCCUUUGUUUUUAUCUAUGUGCCGGGCCUAUAUAAUAAACGUACAUACGACAACAUCU